UUCGAAGUAUAAACGCUGUGGCUUCUCAGUCGUGUGGCUUCUCCUCCUUUGCCGCACUUGCUUUGCUUCUCCUCAGUGUUUGAAUUUUAGAUAUCGUCUACUUGAAUUCAAGAUGCAGAACGAAGAGGGUCAGGUCACGGAACUCUACAUUCCUAGGAAAUGCUCUGCUACUAACCGGAUGAUCACAUCAAAGGAUCAUGCCUCUGUGCAACUCAACAUUGGUCAUUUAGAUGCUGAUGGCAUCUACACCGGUCAAUUCACUACCUUGGCUCUCUGCGGUUUUGUUCGUGCCCAGGGAGACGCUGACAGUGGGGUGGACAGGCUGUGGCAGAAGAAGAAGGUCGAAGCCAAACAAAUCUAAAGAGCCUGAUUAAGCUGUCCUUUUGCUUUGUUCUGAAUGUUGUUAUUUAAUUCAAAAAUGAUCAUCGGACAUACUGAAGUAAUGAUGAUAUUUGCUUGACUCUUGGUUUUAAUGCUUCUUGUGUUCUGAUUUUCCUCA